CAACAUUACCAAAACCUCACGAAACCAUCACCCCCGUCACCCAUUGAAUCCCCAAACUCACCCAAACCCUCUGAACAUCCUAUAAGCAAUGGCAUCGCCCUACACCGUCCUCGUAACAGGCUCCGCCGGCCACCUCGGCGCAGCCCUAAUGCUCUCCCUCCCAUCCCUAGGCCACGUCCCCCACGGCAUCGACAUCCUCCCCUCCCCAACGACAACAACACUCGGCUCCAUCACAGACCGCGCCCUCAUAGCCUCCCUCCUCGCGGACAACCCGUCCAUAACACACAUCGUCCACGCGGCAACCCUCCACAAGCCCCACGUCGACUCCCACCCGAAAUCAGCCUUCAUCGACACAAACAUCACCGGCACCCUCGUCCUCCUAGAAGAAGCAGCCGCCCAACAGAACCGCAUCAAAUCAUUCCUCUUCAUCUCGACAACCUCAACCUUUGGCCGCGCCUUAGCCCCAGCACCGGGCCAACCCGCCGCCUGGAUAACCGAGUCCGUCACGCCCCUGCCCAAAAAUAUCUACGGCGUAACCAAAUGCGCGGCAGAGGACCUCUGCAGUUUAAUCCACCGCCAGACAUCCUUACCGGUCCUCGUCCUCCGCACGUCCCGCUUCUUCCCGGAACCAGACGACGACGAGGACCGCCGCGCCGCCAUGCCCGACGACGCGAACCUCAAAGUCUGCGAGCUGGCCUACCGGCGCGUGGACAUUGCCGACGUCGUCUCGGCCGUGGUGUGCGGGAUGGAAAAGGCCGAGUCGAUCGGGUUCGGGAAGUACAUCAUCUCUGCGCCGCCGCCCUUUGCUGCUGCUGCUGCUGCUGCCACGAAUGACGACGGCGGCGAGGCCGCCCGCGCGACGCUCCUACGCCGCUUGGACUCGGACGCGGGCGCCGUCGUCGCGGAGGCCGUGCCCGGGUGCGCGGCCGUGUUUGAGAAGCUCGGAUGGAGGUUCCUCGACAGGUUGGACCGGGUGUACGAUUCCUCCAGGGCGGUCAGGGAGCUCGGAUGGAGGCCUCAGUGGACGAUGGAGAAGGUUGUCGAGAGGCUUGCGAGGGGGGAGGAUUGGAGGAGCGAGCUGACGCAUGCGGUCGGCAAGAAGGGGUACCACGCCGUGUCGACCGGCGUAUACACCUCGCGUGACUGA